AUGGGCAACGACGGUGGAUCGAUUCCGAAACGUAGCGAACUCGUAAAGGAAGCCGCUAAAGCUCUCACAACCGCCCAGAUCAAAGAGGCGCAAACCGAACAACAAGAAUACGCCUGGUCCACUGAUCCUUUGACGCGCAAGCCUCUUGCCCGCCCCGUAGUUUCCGAUGCUGCUGGUAUUCUGUACAACAAGGACUCCAUCAUCGAGUUCUUGCUAAAAGAAGAAGAUGACGCAGAGAAGACGGAGAUGAAGAAGAUCGCAGGCGUCAAAGAUUCAGAAUUAGGCACAUUCGGGGAUAGGGUCAAGGGUCUGAAAGACGUGGUCGAAGUCAAGUUUGAAAUUGAGGAGAAAGACGGUGGUGAGGUACAGAAGACUCUAGGUGAGAAAUGGAAAUGUCCCAUUACUGGAGAGAGGCUAGGGUUUGGGAGUAAGGCUGUAUAUGUUGUUCCUUGUGGGCAUGCCUUUGCGGGAAGUGUCGUUAAGGAAGUCGGCGAGAGCACGUGUUUGACAUGCAACGAACCGUACGCUGAGAACGAUAUCAUACCCAUCUUACCCACCACACCAACCGAUAUCGCGCGAUUGAAUCUACGUAUGAAAGUAUUGAAGGACAAGGGCCUCACACACGCGCUCAAGAAAGCGCCCGGAAGCAAGAAGAAACGUAAGCACGGCAAUGCGUCCACUGAAGACAGCGCCACGAAAACCCCACUACCAGGCGGAGACAGAAAGACAAAGAAAGAGGGUGCAGCAAACCCGACAACAUCAGCCAACGACGGAAUCAAGAACUCUGCCACGGCCUCCUUAACACGAAAGGUGCUUGAGGAGCAAGAAGAACGCAAUAAGAGGAGGAAGAUGGCGCAAAAUGACAACGUGAAUAGUUUGUUUAACAAGACGGAGCAUAAGGCAUCGGCGGGCAACAGUGCGGAUUACAUGACGAGGGGAUUCAGCAUUGGAAAGAAAUGA